AACAGGAAGUUGGAGGUCCGCGCGUGAACUGCAAUCCGAGCCCAAGCCCGCUUGAGCUGCUGUACCGCUCUUGUUUACAGAAGCUACCUGCCCACAACAACAACAAGGAGUGCCCCUUGAGAGAAAGAUCACGUCCUGCUGACAUUUGAGAGCCCAUCCACGUCACCGCUCGUCACCGCUCGUGUCAACGUCUCGCCGCACGACCGUCUCAGGAUGUCGCGGUCCCCGUUUGUCAGCGACGCGAGUCACUCGCUGAAGCCGGAUGCCCCCACCUCCUCGGGUCGCCAGCCGCGAUGGCGACGCAAGGCGGCGUCCGCUAGUACGAGCACGGUGGGAGGCUUGGGCAUGCCAGCUCGCCCUGGCGCCCGCAGCAGCCGCAGCCGCAGCAGCAUCAACAGCAGCAUCAUCAGCAGCAGCAGCAUGAUGGCGGUGUCACCAAUGAAGGGGACUUGCCGCACCAACACUGCGCCAGGACGCACUCGCGUCUCCAAGUGCCGGAAAAUGCCCGGGGCCAAGGGCACGAGCCCGCCUGGUCGCGCCCGCCGCACUCCCCAUGGCGAGCUCGGUGACCGAUUCAUCCCGGUGCGGAACAGCGAGAAUAUGGAGGUGGCACGCUACCUCGUAUCUCGAGAAGAAACAGCAUCUCCACUGAAGGCACGGAGACACACGAAGAAGCAGGCAGCGAUGAUGCAUCUGCUGAGCGUCGUGGAUGUGGAGAAAGCACGAAUCUUACGCUACCAGGGACGCGUACCCGAGGGCUGCAGCGGCUCCACACAGCAGGCGCUGUGCUCCAUGCCGGGCUACACGCCGCUCUCCCUGCUCAAGAAGAAGCGGCGCGUACCCACGCAGCCCGCACGGGUGAUGGACGCGCCGGGCGUCCGCAAUGACUUCUACCUCAACGCGCUGGACUGGAGCGUGGACAACGUGGUGUGCAUGGCGCUGGGCCGCCUGGGGACGUUCCUGUGGGACGCGGCAACGGGGACUGUGACCCAGCACAUGGAGGCCUGCAACGAGAUGGAGGGGCGGUACUACCCCUCGUCCGUCUCGUGGGUACCAACCAGCGGCAACUUCCUCGCCAUAGGAACCAGCUUCAACACCGUGCAGAUCUGGGACGUGGAGCGCCGCAAGCGUCUCAGGAGCCUGUCGGGUCACGUGGGGCGUGUGAGCUCCCUGUCCUGGAACGGACACCUCCUGGCAAGUGGGUCCCGCUCGGGAGAGAUCCGCCAGGACGACGUGCGGGUGGCGCGGCAUCACGUGGCCUCGCUGAGCGGCCACGCGCGGGAGGUGUGCGGCCUGGCCUGGUCCCCCGGCGGACGCCUGCUCGCCAGCGGAGGCGACGACAACAGGCUCCUCGUGUGGGCCAGCGGCAGCACGUCCCCGGCACCCCUCCACUCCCUCAAGGAGCAUACGGCCGCCGUGAAGGCGCUCGCGUGGUGCCCCUGGCAGGCGAGUUUGCUGGCGAGCGGAGGUGGAAGGAACGACCACCACAUCCGCCUGUGGAAUGUCAACACGGGAGUCUGCUCCAAAGCAGUGGACGUUGAGUCUCAG